CCCAUAUUAUAAACAGAACUUCUGAUCCAAAGAAACCCGACUAAGUGAGGACAAAAGCACUUUGACCCGCUUUGGCUUGUUAAAUCUAUCAAUGGCAGUUGAGACCUAAAAACAACAAUCCUAAUCAGUGAGCUCCAAGUUAGUCUUCCUAUUGGCCAGCUGGGCUGUCAAUCAACGCCCGCUCGGCUGGUUCGUUGAAGUGAAGGAUUUACGCAUAGUGACUAAUCUUGGUUCAUGCUUACAGUCGCACCGGAUUUUUGUGCCGCAGCGUUUCCCAGCCCAGACGCAGAGAAAGUACCAAUUAGACUAUUAUUUCACUUAUCAGGGGAAACUUGCUCCAAUCUCWGCCAACAGCAUCAGGUAAAUAAGCGCCUAUAGAUGGAGUUUUGGUCGCUGUCGUGACUGUUGUUCGCCGCCUCUCACUCUGCGGAAGAUUCUGCCGCAGCAUCCAAAACACGGCAGCCUUCUCCUGCGCAAACAUGGGCACCGUCCUCUCUAUAUCUCCUUCCUCAAAGAAGGCGUCUAUAAUGGACGCAGAGGCUACAGGAGACGGACUMAAAAACGACAAGAGCCUCAAACGCCACUCGAUGUUCGUGUCCCUCUCCUGGAAGAAGCUGGUGGCCAAUUCGGCCAAGAAGAGCGCGAAGAAAGUGACCCCGAACCCGCUGCCGYCCACCCAGGUGGCCCACCUCAACAGCGAGAACGUCAGGAAGACCCACCAGACCGAGGAGAAGAAGCCAAAAGCGCCCAUCCCGGUCCCGGUGCCCACGGUACCCACGCAGAACAGCGACAGCGUGGUCCAAAACGGGAGGCUGUCCACGGUUCAGAAGCAACCCAGCAACUUCUCUCUGCUGUCACCCCGGCGGAUUGUUAUCCAGGCGUCAACCGGGGAGCUGCUUCGCUGUUUGGGGGACUUCUUGUGCCGCAGAAAUUGA